AUGGGUGAUGUCAAGCGCGGACCCGUGCGGGAGCUGGAGGCUGUCGAUGGAUCUGGCGACAGCCUCUGCCUCUCGAAUUCCACCACACUCGCCCAACACAGGAGGCACCACGUGAUGAACUCGAGCAGCGUGCACCCGAGCGACCAUAUGUCGCAGAGCGAGCCCACGAGCCCGGGCGUCGAGGACUCGGGGGACCGGUAGCCGACGGCCUACCGCGGGGCGUAG